UUUUUGUUGCUCAUAUUUUUUAUUUUUUUAUUUAUUUAUUUUUUUUAUUUUCCCAUCUGACCCCACCCCCCUCCAAAAAAGGGGGGCAUAGUUUAUGCUCUUGCUCGUGUGACCAUUGGACUCGGCGUGAGCUGAUAAACACCUGCUACGUUUCAGGGUGUUAAGUGGUAGCGGAUUUGCGUGCGUGCGUGUGUGGAAGUGGGCGGAGAGAGCAGGUGAUAUAAAUGCAUGUCUUUGGCGAGCGUUCAUACUUCUCCUCCAAGCCAUCGCAGCCGAUGCUUGGAUUGGCCUCGCCGACAUCCGGACGUCGCUCGCUGCUCGUCGCUUUUGGAGCUUGAGGGUGGGCGGGGUGGGAGGGGUUGAAUCAUGGAUCCGAUUGUGGAAGUGGUGGCGUUGUUUCUGGGCUUCCUGGGCUGGGUGAUGGUCGGGGUGGCGCUACCCAAUCGCUACUGGAAGACGUCCACGGUGGACGGCAACGUCAUCACCACGUCCACCAUCUACGAGAACCUCUGGAUGUCCUGCGCCACCGACUCCACCGGCGUCCACAACUGCCGGGAAUUCCCGUCACUGCUCGCUUUGAAUGGUUACAUCCAGGCGUCCCGUGCCCUCAUGAUCACAUCGGUGGUGAUGGGCGCCUUCGGCCUGGUGGCGGCGCUAGUGGGCGUGCAGUGCUCCAAGGCGGCCGGCGACAACUACGUGCUCAAGGGUCGCAUCGCGGGUGCCGCCGGCGUGCUUUUCGUGCUUCAAGGUUUGUGCACAAUGGUGGCAGUGUCCUGGUACGCCUUCAACAUCACCCAGGAAUUCUUUGACCCAUUCUUUCCCGGUACCAAGUACGAAAUCGGUGAGGGGCUUUACAUCGGGUGGUGCUCGGCCAUGCUCGCCAUCGCCGGGGGGGCGUGCCUUAUGUGCUCCUGCAGGAUGGGCUCGCAGGAAAAGUAUCCUUUGCCUCAUCAAAGCAGAGGUACCGUUUAUUCUGGACCGGCCCGGACCAGAAGUGUGGCUGCCAGCACAUAUGGGCGGAAUGCGUACGUUUGAAUGGAAUCUAUGUUUUUAUACUCAUGAUUAUGUUUUCUAGUCAAAUACGACGACGAAGCAUUGUUUUGUGACAUUUUGUACUCCAUUUUCUGUGAGGUUAUUUAUGUCAAAUAUUCACAUGUACUUACUAUGCAAUGGAUAUCUGUUGAUUUGAUUUUCGAUUUUUUUGUACAUUUUUUUUAUUUGUUACAAUUAUGCACAAUAAACGUUCUUUCCAUGUUGAA